CGCCGAUUUUUGUACCUCAUCAACUUUUGUGCAAAGUAGCUCCUUGUCGAGUGGAACUUGAAUAAAAAUUUUUAAAUUUAAUAAAUUUCAGAGUUUAUAAAGUUUACUCAUUUAUUUUUUAUAGCCAUAAAGAUGGGUAUUUACGACACGGUAAUGCAAGAAAAACCCCCCGUAGUUCUUGAUAUAGGAACAGCAUACACAAAAAUUGGAUUUGCAGGAGAAGCCCAUCCCAGAUUCAUAAUCCCAUCCGAGAGUUACUUAUCCUCGACUGGUGAUAUCGAAAAGCUUUUCAACUAUUCAUCUAAAACUGAACUAUAUGAUCAUAUGGUUGACUUUCUACAGACCAUAUUCUUUAAACACGUCUUGGUAAGUCCCAAGGAUAGGAAAGUUGUAAUGGUGGAAAAUAUUUUUGGUGAAACUAUCAUCCGCGAGACCAUUGCCGAGGUACUGUUCAAACAUUUUGAAGUUUCAUCUAUUCUUUUUGUGCCUACACACUUGAUUGCCCUGUCGACAUUGGCAGUACCGUCAGGAGUAGUGGUGGACAUGGGCUACAACGAGGCAACUGUUGUUCCGAUCUUUAGUAGUGUUCAGAUACUAAAAGCAUUCCAAGACCAAGCGUUCGGAGCUAAAUCUAUACAUGACGAAAUUAAGCGUCAAUUAGUGGAAGCCGGCAUCAAUGCUUCUCAUUUAACUGAAUCAAUUUUGGAAGAUAUCAAGGUUCGUACGUGUUUUGUGACGACAGCAGAAAGAGCAAAGCAAUACAGAGAAAACCAGCCCAUUACCCCUCCACCAGAUCUUGAGUAUUCGAUUAAGGAAAAGGAAAUUAUAACAAUUCCGGGUUCUGUGCGAGAAACUGCCUACGAAAUAAUGUUUUCGGAAGAUAAUGAGCAAUCGAGUCUGCCUUAUUUGAUAUUGGACGCGAUUCUUAAGUGCCCCGUGGAUGCGAGGACAGUUCUGGGAGAAAACAUUUUCCUUAUCGGUGGAACCUCGAUAAUAAUGGGCCUACUAUCACGUUUGAAAACCGAGUUAAAUACGUUGCUGAGCAAUAAUAAUCGUUAUAAGGAUAAACUCUUUUUCAAGAGUGUUAAAUUUCACACGGCCAUCGGAAGGGCAAAUUUUGCUGCUUGGCUCGGAGCUUCUAUUUGUGGAGCAACUGAAAUUGUUGGUACUAAAUCUCUUACAAAGGAAACCUAUGCAAAAUGCGGCCAUGUUCCUGAUUGGGUUAAUUUAGAUGAUAACAGAUUACAAGAAUCGGUUUAGAAUAACAAAAGAGUAAAAUACAAUAUAUUCUGAUAAUUUAUUUAUUUUAAUUCAAAACGAAUUGCUUUUAUUAAUCUUUUCAUUUAUAGUUAAAGCGUACAAUUUAAUCUUAUAUUUUUAGUAUAUGCUUAAAAGAAAAUUGAAAUAAAGUUGAUACUCAUAAUUAUGAUCAUUUCUUUA